AUGUCGUUGAACGUCUCUCGCGCCGUGCUGCGGCGAUCCGUCAAGCUCCCUGGGCGAACAGCUCGCCGAUUCGAAUCGACGACAUCUAAAGCCGCGGACACAGCAAAGGAUGCGACCUCCAAAGCAUCUCAAGCUACCUCGGAUUACAAGUCGAAAGCUUCCCAAGGUCUUUCGAGGGUCACCUCGUCCGCUGGCCCAGCAAUCAGCGGCGCGGCCAAGGGUUUGGUCUCCUCGCUGGGAAAGAUUGGAGGCCGAACUGGAAGGCUGAUUGCGUUAAUUGAGCGACAAAUCCCACCUACUGUCCACUACGCACGUGUAGGGUUGGAGCUCUCGAAGCUCGUUUUCCAAGGACAGAAGAUGUCCCCUCCGCCCGUUUCAACUUUCCAAUCAUACUACCAGAACGUACUUAAAGCCCUUCGAAACCCAGGCCAAACCUUCACACAAUUCAGCAACUCAUUACAACAACUGCGAAAUGUGGACAAGGCUGGCUUGGCAUCUGGAGCUGUGGUUUUGGGGGAGCUUUUGGGAUUCUUCACGGUGGGCGAGGUAAUCGGCAAGAUGAAGCUUGUUGGGUACAGGGGCGAUACUGAGGCCCAUCACUGA